GGCUGCGCGCGCCGAGCGACCGGUGGGCGCGGGCGGGCGGGGGCGAGCGCGCGUGCGCGUCGGAACCCGAGGCGCGGGAGGAGGCGGGAGCUCCGCAGGCUGCGGAGGGGGCGGGUCGCGUCAGGCGCCACGUCCGCAGCCAGAGGCCGCCGCCGCCUCGGACCCAGAGUCUUCCUCACUCCUGAGCCCGGGGAGAGCAUCUGGGUCGCGCCGCCGCCCCGGGGCCGCGUCACGGCCUCUGCUGUCCCCCUCGGUGCCACCGCUUCCUCGGCCCCCGGCCCAGACCCCGCGGUGAUAAACAUGAAUCAGGCAGAUAAAAAUCAAGAAAUUCCACCUUACCUUAGUGAUGAACCACCAGAAGGGUCAAUGAAAGAUCACCCACAGCAGCAGCCAGGAAUGUUGUCUCGUGUGACUGGAGGUAUCUUCAGUGUUACAAAGGGAGCUGUUGGUGCCACCAUUGGUGGUGUGGCUUGGAUUGGUGGAAAGAGUCUGGAAGUGACCAAAACAGCUGUUACAACGGUGCCUUCCAUGGGAAUAGGGCUGGUGAAAGGAGGCGUGUCUGCUGUGGCUGGAGGUGUGACAGCUGUUGGGUCUGCUGUUGUAAACAAAGUGCCCUUAUCAGGAAAGAAGAAAGACAAGUCUGAUUAAGAGACAGGUACACUUGCUCUCCACAGCUCAUUAUGCCAGUGGCAUUGAACUGCUCAGUUACAGACUACAACAAAGUCAACCGCUUAACUGCGCUGCUGUGUUGAAAGUAUUGGUGACUGGCUACGUUUAAAAUAAGAAGAGACCAAUACUAUCACAGUGUAUGAAGGCUUCUCAUCCUUAAGUUCAGCUUUUUAUCUGGUAAAAUGUUACACUCGCUCAGUUGUAACUUAAGAUAUGGUAUGUUUAAAUAUUUGCUGUAAGUCUUUGAGUUUGACUAAAAAUGUGAAAGUUCCACUUAGAUGAUUUUACAGUUCCAUGUGUGCAGUGUGCCAGCUAACUCCUAUGACCCUUACAAAGGGACUCUUGAGCUACAUCAACUGUACCUUUGAUGUGCCUAAUAGUUUCAGAUGUCUUAGUUUUUUUUAUAACUAUAGUGGUUUAGGCCAACAGGCAUUCUUAUUUAAGCUGGCAGAAAAGUAGCAGGAAUUCAAAAGUUUAGAAGAUAAAUGGUUUUAUGAUAUUGUUAAUUGUUUUUUGUUAGAUAAGCAUUCUAUUUGUUUAAUCAUUGAUGCCUUACAAAAGAAAACAUCUUUUCUAAUACCUUAAAUAUGUGUAGUUCUUAUAAUUAUCAGUGAAUUCUUUUAAAGGUUGUAAAACUAGUUCUCCCUCUUAAGAAUCUCAGGAGUAUUAAGGUAAAGGCGUUUCCUGGUAUCAGUGGGUAAGACAGUGCUUUUUAGCUGUUGUGAGUGGUUAACAUGACAUGUAGGCUUUAGUACUUGAUUCAUGGUCCCAUCAUUAACACCCCCCCACAGUGCCUAUGGGACAUUUCUUAGCUGAUCAAAAGCUGUGUGGGAAGUUUCAUAUUGAGAAGGAACAAAUAUUAAGUUCUUAUACUUAUUUGUUUUUAGGAUGUCUUAAAUUAUCAGUAGUAAUUCCAUAAAAAAUACAAUAAAAGCAACCAUAAAUAAAUGAGGAUUGACUCUUCAAAUGAAUGAGAUUGCCUCCAUAUGCUUUGAAUAAAAAAAAAUGCAUAAGUGUUUUUUUUUGUUUGUUUGUUUGUUUUUUGUUUUUUUUUUUUUUUUUUAAUUUGGAGAUGGGCUCUCCUGUAGCUCAGGCUGGUCUUGAAAUGAAUGUGAAGCUUAGGAUAAUCUUGAGCUUCUAAUCCUCAUUCUUUCACCUCCCAAGUUUUGGGAUUACAGGCAUUGGACACCAUGCCUGGUUUACAUGAUGUUGGGGAUGGAUCCCAGAAUUGCAUGCAUGGAAGGCAAGUACUGUAUCACUUAAGAUGCAUUUGCAGAGAAAUGUAUUCAUGCUUUUAAAAUAUGUUCUCUUAUAAUCCUUUAAAGCAGCUGUAGAUAUAUCAUUUCUCAAGCCAGUUUCAGGUAGGGAGUUGAAAGUUUUUUUUAAUAUGGAUGGUAAGUGUGUUAUGUCUUUAAUAUGGAUGGUAAGUGUGUCCUCAUAGCUCAUUCAUUCUCAUACAAUAGAACUCAAGAGUCCAUUUCUUUGUUUUAAUGUUGUUUCAUGGAAACUUAAUAACUGACAUAUAUAUUUGGCAUUUAUCUUAUAAUCUAAACCAGAAAACAAACCUUAAUUUUCUUUAUACUGAAAACUAGAAAACUAUAUUCAUUCUGCCCCUUGAAACUCCCUAGAGAGAGGAAGUGGGUGGGGUCUCAAUAUCAGUCAAAAUGUAGUGUGCCUGAAAACAUGGGAAGAUCAACCUAAUGUGUAGCUUUAAAUGUUUGUAACUCUUAAGAGUAUUCUAUUAGUAAUGUGGACUAACAAAUAGAUAAAAAUAUAAAUUUUAAAAGCAUUCAUAAAUAAAGGCAGGACUUUCAAAUAAAUCUUAUGUUCUUGGACCUUUACGCUCAGACAAAAUUUAAAAUCAUUGAGUUUAAUUCAGAAGAAAUUAAAUGGUCAUUAAUUUCAUGCAAUAUCAUUUAAGAGACGUUUUUGAUACAUCUGGUAAAAUGUUUUAAUAAAUGGUAUAUGGUAUUUUUUUAAAUUGCAAAAUAGACCGAUUCUCAGUGAUCUAAAUAAUGGUAUGGAAGAACUUGUUUCCUGCUAUUUAGAAGUUAUUGAUUCAUUGUUGGUUUAUAUUUCUAACUUAAAUGCUCUGCUGUGCUUUGUACUUGAGUUAGUCUAAAUGUAGGCUUAGUUUAUUAUAUGUUUGCAUAUUUAUUUUCAACUUUGCUUGUCUUUAAAAUCACUUGAGAAAAAAAAUGGCUAUAAUUAAUUUGUGCUAUAGAAAAGCCACCUGGUAAGUUUUCUUAUUUGUCUUAAAUGCUAAAGUGCAGUGUUGUUCAGAGGGGCUUUUAAUGGUAGCAGAGAAUUGUACAGAUGUACAGUUAGCUGGAGUUCAAACUGAAAUGAACUUGCAUUUGAUGAUGUAUACAGCUCUCUUCCAGGUUAUUUACAUAGACUAGCAAUUUGACCUGUUAAACAGGACCAGUUCACUUCAAGAAACUAUUGUUGUAUACACCUGGAGGCAUUUGUUGUUCAGUUCCUUUUCUGAGUGGGUUUGGCACAGUGAAGAUAAAUUUGUGUGGCCCACUUGAAUGACUGAAUCUAAUAAUGUUGACAUGAAUACUGUAUUUAGUGAAAUGUCAGAUGAAAAUACCUGAAUAAUGUAGUUUUUUCUUGUUUUUUUUUGUUGUUGUUUUUUUUUGUUUGUUUUUGUAUUAAAGGGAUGGGAAAGAACACGUGAAUCUGAUAAUAAAGGACUAUGAUCUGCAAA